AUGGUGUUGGUAACCCAUAAAUUGCAGGGUUCACAUGUCUUGUUUCCUUGGGGCUCACCAACAUGGACCAAAGGCUUGAUUAUCAAGAGACCUAUUACGACAGUGCACUUUGCUGGGAGGAAAGAAAAGCAUUUACGAUCGAAGCAAAAUUGUUGUUUUAGUUUAGGGUCCCCUUGCAGUGGUGGAUUGAAAGCAAAAUCUUUCAGAGUUACAUCUUUCAAAGGCGGCAUAAAAAAUAGUGAGUCAGGAGGAAGUGAGGGUGGGAAGAAAGUUGCUAAUAACUCAGUCAAACUAUCUUACCGUUCAGAUGAUGACGAAAACAAUGUGAACGGCUCUCCAAAGGCACAAAACACAUCAGUUUCAUAUACCUCGGGAACAGACGAUUCAAUCACGGGACAACCCGCUAUUCAGAAGCUUUUCAAGAGAUGGUUAGCACUGUUGCGCACUCAGUCACCUAUUCAAGUGAUUGACGAGGCUUUGGGAGGAGAACAGGUUCCUCAAACGACGAAGCCAGAAACUGAAACAGAGAUUCGGAAAACAGAAAGCCUCCAGAGUACAAAAUAUACAGUUUUGUCCUGGUUUUGGAGUCUAGACGCAGCUAUCAAGAUUCCGUUGCUCUUAUUUGUUCCAGCUUUUCUAGCUGUUAACGCGAUCUAUGGAGCUGAAGUCACAAAGGAGUUAUCCCCUCUGUGGAUAGUUGGUCCCUUGGUCGUUGCCCUUUAUAUCAAAAUGUUCCAAGGACUAUGUGCCCUUUACGCCUUCUGCUUCAACCAGUCCAUCAAAAUGAUAAGAAACCUACCGUCUUAUUACCUUGUAGCAUACCAUUACAUUGCCCAUGGCAAGCUCAGAGACGACGUGAGAGGUCUAGUGACUCGACCAGUGGCGGCCAUCAAGAACACUGACUACAAAGAGCUCACACGCACCAAACUGAAACAGUUCCGAGAAUGGAUCAUUGAGAAUUACUUGGAUUUUGUCGAAUCUGUAUGGCCUUAUUACUGCAGAACUAUCAGAUUCCUCAAGAGGGCUAACCUGAUUUGA